AUUUACAUAUGUCUAGAUAUAUAUAUAUAUAUAUAAGGCAGUGAAAUAAAACUUUUGUCAAUAAGAUUUUGCUCAUUGAAUUUAUAAGGACUAGAAACUAACAGAUUUUUACUGGCAAAUACCAAAAUCCAUCAACACUUCAUUAUAAAAGAUGAAGACAUUCCUUGGAAUAAUCUUGACUAUUGGAUUGAUAAAAGAAGUGUACUUACAGUGUGAGGAUACCUGUCUUUAUGAUGAAGAAUGUCUUCCAUUUACAAUAAAUGAAACAACACACUAUAGCUGUGAAUGCAAAGCAGCAAUAUAUAAUGCCAAUACAGAUUUUUUAUUAUUGCUCAGAAAAGUUCCAGUUUACUGUAGCCCAAACCAAUUCGCUAUAAAACUAACGUCAUGCUUGGGCCGAGGUAUGUCAGCAUCGAAUAUUCUUCUUCCAGAUGAAAACACUGUAGACAAUCAAUGUUUUAGCCGCAGUGAACCAGCAAAUUUUUCUGUUGCUGAAUUUGACUUUAAUUUUAGUUCUACAACAACCAACUGUCAAGCAACAAUUUUAACGAAUUCCACUCAUGUAACCUACAGUGUUCCUGUCUGGUUUAGAUACAAUAAUACCGGUCAGACUGUCAUAACUCAUAAUGAUAUCCUGGUGACCUAUAACUGUUCUUACCCACUGACAAUGAACUCAAGCCUUGACGUCGGUUUAGAGCCAUAUAAAAGUUCCAAUAACAUAACAGUCACAGGAUCUGGGACUUACACCACUAUAGUGCAGUUGAACAAGUUCGCGAAUUACACUGGUGCCUACACAACAGCUGAAAUGCCACUUCAACUAGCAGUAGAAUCACCUCUGUAUAUCACAGCAUCUGUGCUGGGAGCAGAUCCAAAAAAGUUUUCUUUGAAGGUAGAUUCCUGCUAUGGAACUCCAUCAAGUGACCGAAAUGAUCCAGUGAGAUUCGACAUUAUCACAUAUGGCUGCCCAGUGCAAGGAUCACCUGCAGUAUCCCUUGAUGAUGUUGGAAAUAGCCUUGAUAAUAAGUUGUCUAUGAAGGUCUUCAAAUUUUCACACAAUCCAGAGGUGUACCUGCACUUUGUUUUUUCUCUCUGUUUAGGAACAUGUCCUCCAUCCUGCUCAAGCAGAAGUGAAAGAGUGGAGACAGAUAAUGCCAAAACCAAUUUAACUGUGGGUCCCAUUCAUGUGAAUUCAGCUGUUCUUUCAGAUUUAACACCCCCUUCCGAUUCAGCACCCUCUUCCGUUUUCUCAAAACUUUGGAUACUGAUGGCACUACCACUUCUGCUGAUAAAAUCCAUAUAAGGUUGAGAGCAUUGCAGCAAAACUUAUUGAUGAAACAUUUAUUCUUUUUUUUCCCUCAAAAUUAAAAUGUAUAACACUUGUCAUGAUUUCAUUUUUAUACUCUGGUGUUCAGUGUAAUCAAUUUUAACAAUGUGCAAUGACAGACGACAAGUAUCAUAACAACUGAGGAGUAUGUGUUGGCGCAUGUCAAAAUAACAUUCUGCUGUUGGUAAUAUUAAAUAGAAACCGCUCAUAUGUCUGCAACAAUAACAAGGAAACAGAUUAUAUGCAGCACAUUUGGUUAAGUUGUACAGAUUCUGGCAAAUAAUGCAUGUUUUUUUUCCUAAAAAUAUACCUAGUAGAAUAAAUAUGAAAUGCAUUACAGCAACAAUAUUAGAUUGCAAGACAAUGGACUCACACAGAUAACAGACAUCAUAAAGACAAUGCAAAACAGGACCAAAUCAAAACAAAGUAUGGAAUUGUUUACAAUGCACAACAAAGACUCAUUUGAAAAAAGCAGAAGUAAAUCUGUAAUGUAAUGAAGAAUUUAAAAUGAAGUAAAUCAUUUACGACAAAAGGAAGAUACAUAACCCAUCAUACUUAUUUUGAUAAUGUAUUUUAAUAGUUACUUGUUGCAAUCAAUGCAUUAAAGAACAUUUGAUGAUUAACAACAUUAUUAAAUGUGAACCAACAGCUGGGCAUGGCCUUCACAUUGCAGAACCUGUUGAAACCAAAGUUGAUUAUAUAUACUACGUUAACUGUAUAAUUUAUUGCUUUAUUCUCUAUUAAAUAACUUGUUUUCUUUGCAACA